GCCACCUUGAAACCGGAUGUGUCGCACUCUCUAAUAUAUCACGUGGUUGCGAAGCUUUUGUUUUGGAAGGCAUAACCGGAAACCCAUCCUGGAGGCGACUUCCUCCAACUGAAAUAACGACAACUAACAGCGGGAAAAUGGCGCAACUGGAGGACCUUCAAGACUUUAUAACCCAGCGGCUUCACGUGAUUGCUACGGAAAUAUUCGGUGCCGUCGAAAAAACGGUAACCGCGUACGAGGCGCAAGCUUGCCGCUUGAGGGAAGAAAACAACCGCCUUUGUUCGGAGCUGGAUCUUCUCAUCAAAGCCAAGCAGGAAGAUUAUGCAACAUUACAGCAAGGCCAAGACACCGAGAUGGACCUGCCCUUCAGCUCUAUUCCCGAAGAGGCUGUUCCGCCCAGUUCCGAACCCUGGUGCCAGCCGGAACUUAGCAUUCGGGAUCAGGAGGACCAAAAGUUCUCGCUACUUCGGGUUAAAGAAGAACCGGUUCUGCCUACUGAAGAACACGCUGAUCACAGUUCCAGCGUCCGUAUGUCAGAGCCAAAUCCUCCCCGACUCCCAACAGACCUGCCGUUAGCGUUCACCUCAUGUGCGGACUUUCUUCAGUGGGCUUGCAGUGACAGCUGUCCUUACUGCAUCAAGGGAUGUCAGGCCACAGAAGCACAUCUGAUGAAGAGACAUUACUCCUUUGCCGUGCAUUUCAAUGAAGACGGAAUAGAUACAUUUGUGGUGCCGUGCAUGUGCAAAGAUCUGGUCCAGGGCAGAAGUCACUGGCACUGUCCGUACUGCCGGAAAAUUUUAAACCGGAAAGGAAACUUUGAGGGCCACGUAUCUAAGAAACAUGGUUAUGCAACAUUACAGCAAAGCCAAGACCCCGAGAUGGACCUGCCCUUCGGCUCUAGUUCUGAAGAGGCCAUUCCGCCCAGUUCCGAACCCUGGUGCCAGCCGGAACUUGGCAUUCCGGAUCAGGAGGACCAAAAGUUCUCACUACUUGGGGUUAAAGAAGAACCGGGUCUGCCAACGGGAGAACCAAGUAAGAAUGGCCAAGACUCGUCUUAUAAUGUCAUGUAUGUGGAAAGUUCUGGCCAAGAAUUCCAUGAAAUAGAAGGAAUGGAGAGUAAUGAUGGUCCUAAUGUGAAGGUCAGUUAUAAGCACACGCCCUCUUCGGCUUCAAACGCUCCCAAGUCAAAAAGAAAGCGCCUCGCCAGAUUAAAAGCCCCUGCCGGUCAGACAAAGGCAGAAACGUUCUCCUGCCAAGUGUGCGGAAAGACUUUCUAUGACAUAUACGCGCUCAAAUCCCACGUGAGCGCUCACGUGGGGAAGGACUCCCUUUGUGGGCUUUGUGGGAAACAAAUCAAGGACACGAAGAGUUUAGUGCGGCAUCUCAGGAGCCACACGGUCUGGAAGAAAUGCGGACUAUCGGGUAAGCAGUUUUCUAACGCGGACAGUUUGAAACGUCACUCUUUGUUGCAUGUUAACUGUUAGCGUGUUCACAUUCGAACAUCCAGCAUGCUCACUGUUUGCAUGUUUGUUGCUAAAUUGGGCCUCCUUUGGGAUACACGUGAGUUUGUUCAACGGGGGCAAAAAACAAAGUGCACCAUAUUUUUCGGACUAAGUCGCAGUUUUUUUCAUAGUUUGGCCGGGGGUGCGACUUAUACUCAGGAGUGACUUAUGUGUGAAAUGAUUAACACAUUAUAUCAUUGAUGUCAUUCACGUAAGAGACUAGACGUAUAAGAUUUCAUGGGAUUUAGCGAUGAGGAGUGACAGAUUGUUUGGUAAACGUAUAGCAUGUUCUAUAUGUUAUAGUUAUUUGAAUGACUCUUACCAUAAUAUGUUACGUUAACAUACCAGUUGGUUAUUUAUGCCUCAUAUAACAUACACUUAUUCAGCCUGUUGUUCACUAUUCUUUAGACAUUUUAAAUUGCCUUUGAAAUGUCUAUUCUUGGUGUUGGCUUUUAUCAAAUACUUUUCCCCAAAAAAUGCGAUUUAUACUCCAGUGCGACUUAUAUAUGUUUUUUUUGCUUCUUUAUUAUGCAUUUUCGGCCGGUGCGACUUAUACUCCGAAAAAUACGGUACUGUAUUUUCCCGACCAUAGGGCGCACUGCCAAUGAAUGGUCUAUUUUCGAGCUUUUCUCAUAUAUAAGGCGCAUUAAAGGAGUCAUAUUUAUUAUGAUUUGUUUCUAAAUGUAAAAUACUUCCUUGUGGUCUACAUAACAUGGGAUGGUGAUUCUUUGCUCAAAAAGUUGCAUAGAUAAUCAUCUUCAAGCCGCUUUCUGACGGUCUCUUUUUUUGUGGGUGGUCUUAUUUACGUGGCUCACCUUCGACAGCGUCUUCUCCCCGUCAUCUUUGUCGUAGCGGUGUAGCGUGCAACGACGGGAGUGGAAGAAGUGUCAAAAGAUGUAUAUAUAUAUGUGUGUGUGUGUG